CUACUACUACACACUUGCCAUUUCCCCCCUUCUUUACUAACAACAAAGCCAAAGUCCAUAACACCCACAAAUUCACUCAACCCAACAUAACACGUUGUUCUACCGACACUCUCCAAGAACAAGAGAGAGAAACAAGAGAAUUGAGAGAGAAAGCUUGAAUCUUUAGCCAUGGAUUUUCAGAUCUAUGGCUUCACUAAUCUAUUCUUGUUCACCAUUACACUCUUUUUCACCAUUACAGGUGCCACAUUUCAAGAAAACCCAAAAUCCCCAAUUUCAACAGUACCCCAAAUCAAUUCCAACUCCAUUCUUGUAGCCCUUUUGGAUUCUCACUAUACUGAGUUAUCUGAGCUUGUUGAAAAAGCCCUUUUGCUUCAAACACUUGAAGAAGCUGUUUCUAAGCACAAUAUCACCAUUUUUGCUCCUAAAAAUGAAGCUCUGGAACGUGAUUUAGACCCUGAAUUCAAGCGUUUCUUGCUUGAACCUGGAAAUCUCAAAUCUCUACAGAAUCUCUUGUUGUUUCACAUGAUUCCCACUCGCAUUGUAUCGAAAAAUUGGCCGGCGCGUGGCCGUGUUCACUCCACUUUAUACGCCGGAGAAGAAAAUGUCCUUCAAAUUUCCGAGAAGAAAACAGAGAAAUCAGUCAGCUCAGCUAAGAUUAUUAAACAAGACGAUAUUGUUAAACCCGACGGAAUUAUCCACGGGAUUGAGCGGGUUUUAAUACCCAAAUCAGUCCAGCAAGAUUUCAACAACCGCCGUAGUCUCCGGUCAAUCUCCGCCGUGAUUCCGGAGGGAGCACCGGAAGUUGACCCGAGAACCCACCGGCUGAAGAAGCCCGUAGCAGUACCAGCCGGCGCACCACCUGUGCUGCCGGUAUACGAUGCUUUGGCGCCGGGGCCAUCUCUGGCCCCAGCACCAGCUCCAGGACCCGGAGGACCCCACCAUCACUUCGAUGGUGAGAGUCAAGUAAAAGAUUUCAUUCAAACACUCCUACAUUAUGGUGGUUACAAUGAAUUAGCAGACAUUCUUGUGAAUCUCACAUCAUUAGCUACAGAAAUGGGGAAAUUGGUUUCUGAAGGGUAUGUUUUAACUGUUCUGGCGCCCAAUGACGAGGCUAUGGCUAAGCUGACGACUGAUCAGCUUAGCGAGCCUGGGGCGCCAGAACAGAUAAUGUAUUACCAUUUGAUACCGGAGUAUCAAACGGAGGAAAGUAUGUAUAAUUCAGUGAGGAGAUUUGGUAAAAUUAAUUAUGAUACUUUAAGGUUGCCACAUAAAGUUGUGGCUGAAGAAGCUGACGGUUCAGUGAAAUUCGGGCAAGGCGAAGGAUCAGCUUAUUUGGUUGAUCCUGAUAUUUAUACUGAUGGAAGAAUCUCUGUGCAAGGGGUUGAUGGUGUUUUGUUCCCUCUUGAGGAAAUUAAGGCUACUCCUAUAGCUGCUCCUGUUGCUAAAGUUGUUGCAAAGCCAAGAAGAGGAAAGUUGAUGGAAGUAGUAUGUGGUACAAUGGGGUCAUUUGCUUUUGCUAGUUGUCAUUAAAAUUUGUACAAUGGGAAAUUACUGAAGAUAAAGAAAUGAAAAAAAGCACGUUAUUAAGAGGGCUUAUGUGAUCAUAUGAUAAAACAUAAAAUGGGCAAGGAAGGACAAAAAUGCUUGGAAUUGAAGUAGAAAAAAAAGAAGCAAGAGAAGGGAGAAAAUAUCUUUUGUUUUAUUUUGUUAUAAAUACUGUAAUUACCUAUCAAUUUUUUCAUUUGUAUUUAAGUUUGUUUUUUUGUUCUGCCGACAGUGUUUGUAUCCAAGAAAAAAAAAAUGUACCCCAAAAAGGAAAAAAAGAAAAGAAUAAUCGUGCAAGAGCAUAUCAUCUUUUUUGUAC